AUGCAGAACGACGAGGAGUUCUUUGUUGGGGAUGAAGGGUCGUCUGACACGUCUUCUGAUCUUGAGCUGGUGAUCAACAAGGUGCCUGAGAGGGGGGAGGAGCAUAAAGAGGAUGCGGAAGGACAGAGUAUAUUGGAUUAUGACAUAGAUAUUUUUACAGACAAGCCAUGGAACAAGCCAGGAGCGGACAUUACGGACUACUUCAACUAUGGGUUUAAUGAGAUGACGUGGAAGGAGUAUUGCAACAUGCAGAGGAGAAAGAGCGAGUUUACGCUUGGUGGGGAUGAUUGGGCUGAUGGCCGAUACAGCGGGGUGCAGAGGGGAUUCAGUGAGAUCAAGAGGGAAACGGAAGGGGGGCGGAAGGAGAAGGGCAAGAAGUCGAAACGGGAGGGGCGAGAUGGACGAUCACGGGCAGAUAGACAGAGAAGGAGUAGGGGAUGGGGAGGAGGCAAAAACGAGAAGGAAGAGCGAGGUGAAAGGCGAAGGGAGGUGCCGAGGGAGAAUGGAAGGCGUAUGUAG